AUGUGGACAAGGGAAGACAUAGAGGAAAAUAAUGUGUAUACAACAUCUCUUAGUGGUACGCCUUUAGGGGAGAUAUAUCUUGGCAAGUUGUACAAAAAUAAGGAAGAAUUGAAGAAUGUAGUUGGAAGGUAUGCACUGAAAAGUAAUUUUGAGUGGAUGGUAAGUAAGUCUGGCACUAAUGUGUUUUACGUUACUUGUAAGGAUGAAAAUUGUAAAUGGAGAUUAAGGGGGAAGAAGAAGGCACUUUGUGACAUGUUUGAGGUUACUGUGUUUCACAACGAACACACAUGUAACUUGGAUUCUAGACAUUCUGAUCACCGGCAAGCAGCAAUGUGGACUAUUGAUCACAUUAUUAAGAACAAGUACACAUCAGAUGGAUCUAACUACAAGAAGAAUCCGGGUACUAUUACUGACAUUGUCAGCGAGGAUAACCGGUUCACGUACUGUUUCUGGUCACUCGAUGCUUGUAGGAAGGGAUUUAAGUUUUGUCAUCCUGUGAUUAGUAUUGACAGAACAUUCUUGAAGACGAAGUAUGGAGGAACACUGUUAGUUGCUGUUGCGUACGAUGCAAACAACCAAUUAUUUCUGGUAGCCUUUGCAAUUGUUGACAGUGAGAAUCAUGACUCUUGGAAGUAUUUCUUGCGGAAGUUAAAGGAAGCCAUUGGUGAGGUUGAAAAUCUUAUGUUCAUAUCGGAUAGGCAUCAAAGCAUUGAACAUGUUGUUGAGGUUGUUUUCCCAGAAGCAUGCCACUGUGCAUGCUUCAAGCAUAUUACAAUGAAUGUCGUUCACAAGUUUAAGACUGAUGUAUGCAACCAGCAAAUAUGGCUUGUAGCUUACGCAUGGAACAAGACGGAAUGUGAUAGACAUUUUGAGGUGUUGAAACAGAUGGACCCUGCCAUUGCUACAUAUGUCGAGAAAAUAGGGUUUGAAAAGUGGGCUCGUCCUUAUUGUCCAGGCGAUCGGUACAACAUAAUGACAAGCAACGCUGCCGAAAGCUUCAACAAGGUGACAGAAGAAUUCAGAAAAUAUCCAGUAACUAUUUUGGUUGACUUCAUCAGGUUCACACUUCAAAAUUUGUUUGCUUCUUGUCUCGAAAAGGCUAGUAAGUGCGCUUCUCCUUUGGCUACUACUUUUGAAAAUGAUUUAAAGGAUCAACACAAAGAUGGUAUGUUCAGGAGUGUCCUUCGUAAUGGUGCCCAAUUGUUUAACGUUGGUACGAGUCCUCAAGGUGAGAGAGGUGGUGAUGUGAACUUAGUGGAGAGAACAUGCACUUGUGGACUUUUCCAAACGCUCAAAAUCCCUUGUCCCCAUGCAUGUGCCGCAGGAGUUAGUCAGAAUGUGAGCGUGUACACACUUUGCUCUCCAUAUUACACAAAAGAAACGUGGAAGAAGAUCUACGAUGCCACAAUUAAUAUUGUUGGCGAGGAGGAUGAGUGGGUACUACCGGAACACAUCAAGAACAUAAGAAGCGGGGUACCAGUGGAGAAAAAACCAGUAGGUCGGCCUAGGAAGAGCAAUGCAGGUAGAAGACCGACGAAGCGUCGACCGUCUAGUGGUCAGGUGGUAGUGGAACCUCGUCAUUGUUUGCUAUGUCACGGUGCAGGGCACAACAGAGCUACAUGCAAAGCUCGAGUUUCAACCGUUUCUCUAAUAUUUAAAUGCAUAUGUGUUGUAUUGCUGGUUGUUGUUUAA